AGAAUUUCCUCGCAUUGGAAAAUCCAGAGUCGAAAACUACCAUUUACGCCUUCAAGUUCUACAAUAGUCUUUCUUAAUGAUUCUUUCAUAAUGCCACCCGCAACGAAGUCAAAACGCAUGACAGCGAAUCCCGCGCGACCCACACGAUAUCGCGCAGGAAAAGCAACAGGUGUAUCAUCAUCCGAAUCAGAAUCAGACACCAGUGAAGCCGAAGCCGAGCAGAAACAGCGGGCGAAGCGCAAAAUUCCGCCACCACCAAAAGCCCCAAGUGCAGGCAAAAUCAUUAGCAACCUCAGUAGAGUCAAUCUAGAUGAGCGCAAAAAACAAGAUCAAGAGACUGAGAUCAGACGCGUGGAGGCUGUAAAAGCCGCUCGCCUGGCAGCCGAGGAAGGGUUCGUUACGGAGGAAAGCGAGGACGAGGAAGAGAGUGAAGAUCAAAGUGGGGAAGAUAAUAGUGAAGAUGAAGAGAGUAGCGAAGAAGAGGCACCUCGACGGUUGAUGUUGAAGCCGAAGUUCGUACCCAAAAAUCAACGGAACAAGAUAUCCACCCAGGAGCAAGAUGAAGCGUCUAGUCGAGCCGAGGAAGAAGCAAAGAGAAAGAAGGCCAUGGAUGAUAUGGUUGAAGAGCAAAUGCGUAAAGACGCUGCCGCCCGCGCGACUAGGAAAGGGCACUGGAACGAUAACGUGGACGAGGAAGAGGACGUUGACACCGAAGAUGACGUAGAACCUGAGGCUGAAUAUGCAGCAUGGAAAGUGCGGGAGCUAAAGCGCAUCAAACGGGAACGCGAGACUAUCGAAAAGCGCGAGAAAGAAAGAGAAGAAGUUGAACGCAGACGAAACUUGACAGAAGAGGAACGCAAAGCUGAGGAUGAUGACUUCCUAGCUAAGCAGAAAGACGAAAAAGAUUCGAAGGGAAAGAUGUCGUAUAUGCAAAAGUACUUUCACAAGGGUGCAUUCUACCGGGACGAGGCCGAAACCGAGGGCUUAGCCAACCGGGACAUCAUGGGCACGCGGAUCAUGGACGACGUUAAGAACCGCGAUUUGCUUCCAAAGGCGCUCCAAAUGCGCGACAUGACAAAAUUAGGCAAGAAAGGGGCGUCCAAGUACAAGGACCUCAGGUCCGAAGACACUGGCCAAUGGGGGAACUUCCGCGACACAAGACCAGGCAAGGAUUUUGACCAGUAUAACGUCGACGACAGGUUUAAAUCUGAUUACGGUAGAGAUAAGUCUGGGCCAGGAGGAGCCAACGCGAUUCCCCUCGGCGAGAGGAAAAAGCCUAUUCCGGGUGCGCCGCAAGGGCCUCGCAAUUUCGAGCGACGACAAAAUCAAGAUCGGAAUAGCUACCGACCAAGGGAUGACCGUAGAGAUAGAGACGGGCCUGAUCGGGACGGUUACGGUAGCCGGAGAAAGAGGGAUUCAUCACGGGAUGCGGAUCGCUACGAAAGUGACAAGAGGCGAAAGACGGAUACCAGAUAGACAGUUUCGUCUAUUUGUCACACUUCUAUCCUCCCGAGGAGACUAGGUACUUUGUUGGAAACGCAUACAUGCAGAACAGAC